ACGAGGGAGUCCGGCGGACUGCUGGUGCGGGCAGGGCGCGCCCGGCGGGCUCCGGGCACACGCGCCUCACCUGGGCGAGGCCGGGCGCGCAGGCGCUCAGUGCCGGGGCCGCGGCCGGGCGUCUCAGCCCCACGCCCGCAAGAGUUGGACAGUUCCGGGGCCGCGCUGCGCCCAGCUGUCGCCGGCGCCACCGCCGCCGCUGUCGCGGCUGCCACGGUCCGGGCUGCAGCAGAUCGCGGGAGAGCGUCUGCGCGAAGCCCCGGUGCAGCCCUGGCGGGACCGCCGCAACCGCCCGAGCGCGAGCAACAGCUUCCCGGCUGGAGGAGCCACUGCCCAACGCGCCCGCGGCCCGCGCGCCGAGGUAUGAAGUACUCCUUAAGCCUUGACAACCACCUUGAAGAUGGAAUUAUGAAUAUGGCAGCUUUUCUACGGGGCUUUGAAGAAAGGGGGAUUAAGACUGACAGGCCUGAGGACCAGUUAAGUAAAGAGAAAAAGAAAAUUCUGUUCUCCUUCUGUGAGGUGUGCAACAUCCAGCUGAACUCUGCAGCCCAGGCCCAGGUCCAUUACAACGGCAAAUCCCAUCGCAAGCGAGUGAAGCAGCUGAGCGAUGGGCAGCCCCCGCUCCCAGCCCAGGGCUCGGGGCCACUGCUGGCCAGCCCCAGCACCAACACCAGCACAGGCAGUACAUGCCAUACUACUACCCUUCCUGCUCUUGUGCGCACACCUACCCUGAUGAUGCAGCCUUCACUGGAUAUCAAACCAUUUAUGUCUUUUCCAGUGGACGGUAGUUCUGCUGUUGGGCUCUUUCCCAACUUUAACACAAAAAGAAGAGGCUUAUUUGGGACCAAUAAAUUCUGCCAGAUGGAUCCUGUGCAAAAAGCAGUCAUUAACCACACAUUUGGAGUAUCCAUUCCCCCAAAGAAGAAACAAGUUAUUUCUUGUAAUGUCUGUCAACUUCGCUUUAAUUCAGAUAGCCAGGCCGAGGCCCACUACAAAGGAAGUAAACAUGCCAAGAAGGUCAAAGCACUAGAGGCAACGAAAAAUAAACCCAAAAUGGUUUCUUCCAAGGACAGCGCAAAGGCUAAUCCCAGCUGCUCCAUCACUCCAAUCACAGGCAACAGCUCUGACAAAUCAGAAGAUAAAGGAAAGUUGAAGGCCAACAGUUCCAGUCAGCCCUCAGGCUCUGAAGGUGGCUCAUUUCUCCUCAAAUCUGGCACAACUGCCCUGCCACCUGGGGUAGCUACUUCGCCCUCCAAGAGCACAAAUGGAGCACCAGGGUCUGUUGCUGAAUCAGAAGAAGAAAAAGCCAAAAAACUGCUCUAUUGUUCACUAUGCAAAGUGGCCGUGAACUCCCUAUCACAGCUAGAGGCACACAACACAGGAUCUAAACACAAGACCAUGGUUGAGGCACGUAAUGGAGCUGGUCCAAUUAAGUCCUAUCCUCGACCUGGAUCAAGAUUAAAGAUGCAGAAUGGCAGUAAGGGAUCAGGACUACAGAACAAGACAUUUCAUUGUGAAAUCUGUGACGUUCAUGUUAACUCAGAAAUUCAACUCAAACAGCACAUUUCUAGCCGGAGGCAUAAAGAUCGAGUUGCUGGGAAACCACUGAAGCCGAAAUACAGCCCUUACAACAAACUCCAGCGGAGUCCAAGCAUCUUAGCAGCAAAACUUGCAUUCCAGAAAGAUAUGAUGAAACCUUUGGCCCCAGCCUUCCUCUCCUCGCCCCUGGCGGCCGCAGCGGCUGUGUCCUCUGCGCUGUCACUGCCACCCCGGCCAUCUGCCUCGCUCUUCCAGGCACCAGCCAUCCCUCCAGCUCUCCUGAGGCCAGGACAUGGGCCUAUCCGCGCCACUCCUGCCUCCAUCCUGUUUGCCCCAUACUGACAUCUACAAGCCCCAAGACCAUCCAGGCCAGUAGGAAAGUCCAGAAGCCAAGCCAAAAGGAUUUCAGCAACUUGAGCAUUUUGUGUUGCCGUAAGUACCCCACCUACCCACCAAAUGCAGCCCACCACCUCAAGCCCCAGCUCCAGUGAAAAACAAAUCACUAGAUUCAAGAGUGCUUUUAUGGACCCAUGUAAUAAUUUCCGAAUGUGAGCAGCACAGUCUCCCUGUUCCCUCCCCCACUCUACCCCAUUUAAUUGAUGUAUCUGAGAAAUCUGGGUGUUGGAAAAUGUAUUGGUCAGAAAGCAAAGAAAAAGAAAACCAGUCUGUAUUUUCCUUUGGGUAUGAUCAGGCUUAGAAACAAUAUGGAAUAUUUUCCUGACAGACUUGAAAACUAGGAUCUUCCUCAGAUGUCUGUAAAUAGCUCUGGAAUCCAACCGGGCAUAUUCUAUUGUGGAAGAAAAAUAGAACACAAGUGUUUACUUGUGAAUACCAUAUUACCAACGGAUCACGUUUUCUUUUUGGUGUACUCUCGUCGACAGGGAUUGUGUACUGUUUUAGACCCAAGUACUGUUGUAUCCUGUGUAGUACUAGAUCGUAUCUCUUGUCUGAUUUCAACAUUUUUAGUUGCUGUGUAAAUGUUAGGAAGCAAAAUAGCUUUGAAUUUUCUCUGUAAGAGAACAAAAGAUAAUGUAUUUUCUUUAUUUCACAUUUUAUUUGGAGAUAUUUAAACAAAAUAGAAAGCCAUAUAACAUAGCUAUAAUUACUACCUGUUUGCUAUUUUUGUCUAACUUAUUUUGUAGCUUCCUCACCGGUUUGAGUUGCUAAGCAAAUAUAUACAAACACAAAAAGAGCUUCCUAAAUUGCACAUUUUGGCACCUCCUGUGCAUUCUGCAAGAAGACAAUGAAUCCAUGUAUUUCUACGUAAUUAUCUUCAUUUUUAACCUGUUUUCAUUUGUAAUGAUGCUACAUAAUUUUGUGGCUCCCUAAUGCAAUAAUGUACAGAAGAUAUAAAAUUUAUAAUUGAACAAUUUGUCUUUCUGUUCACUGAAUAUGUUGCAGGUCAUGCUCCCAUGCCCCCCUUUCAAAGUUGAUAUCAACAAGACUAGGAUGUUUGUGAUAUCAGGGGCAAGAAGUACAAAUCAACAAAAUAGUGAACUCUUUUAGAGUAUCUAUAUCUGCAAUCUGUAAAUGGUAAAAUGUCUGUGUAUUUUUUUAAAUGUACCUUUUCAAUAAAAGCAACAAAA